CGCUCCUCCUCUCCCUGUCCAUCCCAUUAACUACCGAUUUUUGCUGUUGUUGUUGUUAUCGUUGUUGCUGUGCGCAAGCUAGACCAGCCCGAAUAGUUAUUCGUGGCGUCGCUACGAUCGCUUCUUGUUCAAUCUGUCGUUCACUGCCUUACUGGCACCUGCGUUUUCCUUAAUACACAACCUUUCGUACAUUCGCUCCAGUGAACCAACCUGUUCACUGCCUCCUUAAUACACAAAUCCACACACUCUCCGAGCCUAAGCAAAAAGCCCCCGCUCUCAACAGAACACGAUGCUUUCCAAGGUCUUCGCGACGGUGGCCCUCGCGGCCUCGCUGGUCUCUGCGCAGACUUUCACGGACUGCGACCCCACCAAGCGUGAUGACUGCCCCAACCCCAAGGCUGUCGGCUCCAAGCCCGUCGACAUCGACUUCCGUCAGGGCCCCAACAGCUUCUUCAAGCUGGCCGAUGGCACGAGCCUCAAGUACGACAAGGAUCUCGGCGCGGUCUUCUCGAUCAGCAAGGAGACGGAUGCCCCCACCAUCUCUUCCAACAAGUACAUCUUCUUCGGCCAGGUUGACGUGACGGUGCGCGCUGCCCGCGGUACGGGCGUCGUCACCAGCUUCGUGCUGCAGUCGGACGACCUCGACGAGAUCGACUGGGAGUGGCUCGGCGGCGACGCCACCCAGGUCCAGACCAACUACUUCAGCAAGGGCUGCACCGAGACCUACGACCGUGGCGGUUUCUCUCCCGUCGCCGACCCGAUCAACCAGUUCCACACCUACACCAUCAAGUGGACUCCCGAGCAGCUCGACUGGAUCAUUGACGGCAACGUCGUCCGCACGCUCAAGAACACGGGCGUCGAGGGCUGCUCCGGCUACCCGCAGUCCCCCAUGCAGAUCAAGCUCGGUACCUGGGUCGCUGGCCGCAAGGACGCGCCCCAGGGCACCAUCGACUGGGCUGGCGGUCUGACCGACUUCAGCCAGGCUCCGUUUGACGGAUACUACCAGAGCCUGCACAUUGUGGACUACAUGGGCGGUCGCGGCGCCAAGGAGGCCACCGAGUACCACUACACGGACCGCAGCGGCAAGUGGGAGAGCAUCGAGGUUAUCAACGACGGCAAGGGAUCCGACGACGACACCACCACCUCCUCCAAGACCAGCGCGACCUCGACCAAGGCCACCUCGACCUCCAAGCCUAGCUCGUCCAGCUCGCCCAGCUCGUCUCACAUCGGCCACACCCUCACCACCCUCACCACCGUGAGCUCCUCGGCUACCCGGAGCGCCAGCAGCACCGACGGCGCGGCUUCCACCAGCGGCCCGACCAGCACCAGCGGCAAUGAGGUUGAUCCCACCUCCACUGCCUCUCAGACCGUGUCCACAGGUGCUGCCCCGAGCAUGGCUGGCAAUCUAGCCGCCGUGGGCGCUGCUGCCCUCUUUGGCUACCUCGCCCUCUAAACGGCUUGACGUCUAAGGCGGAAAAGGGAAGAGAGGACAGGUCGGCAGCCGUGGUGUUCUGGUCUUUGCCGUCUCCAUUGUUUUCUUCUGGGCCGAUGCUGUGUUAUUUUUUUUUAAAAAAAAACCUUCGCCACGCUCCUUUUCCGUUUCGCUUUCUUGAUGACAACCCCUGCAGGAUAUAUUGGGGGUUAAAGUUGGAGACCGAAACGUCAACGUUUGAUACCAUGUUUACCCUUCUUUUAAUGCCAGUCGCCAGGGAAGGAGAAGGGCAAACGCUCGCGCCAGAUGCUCGGUUACGUGGCUUCUACUCUGUUUUCCGCGUGCUAAGUCGGACGGGUCCAUUGAAAGACAAGAUCAAAGACAACAAGGUUUUCAUGGUGAGAUGUGAGCGCGAGUCUCGGAUGAAAAAAGAAAAUAAUGGUAUGCCAGAGGCUCUUUUGUUUGGCUGACGCAUGGGAGAUGGUGACGAAUGAGGUUAUGAGAAAGAGCUCUGGCGGGGCGGUGGAAUGGAAUUGGUUUUGUUGUGACGGGUUUUGUGUGGCGGCUUACUUCUCUGAUUCGGAGUGCUGAGGUUUCAUUGUUGGCGAUGGAGACGGCAUCUUUGGUUGAUACCUGAUCGAUGGAUACCUCGAAAGGAGUGGUUUGUUUGUUGUUUUGUCCUUGCGCGAUGGGCCGCUAGCGGUGCAUUAUUCCAUACUCAACUAAACUCACCUGGACUGUAGAUAGUGCAUAUCCUAGACGGCAUCGGAAGCGGAUUUCAACUUUGGCCCAGAGUGCUGUGACCUCUGAAUGGUCCGACUGAUGAAGUUGGUAAUGCUUGGGGGGUUACUCCCUCGUAUGUACGUAGUUCUGCAGUGCACUACGAGACCGUUUAGGGGGACAUAUAGAUUGCUGUCCCAUCCCCACGAAGCAGUAGUGGGUUCUCGUGAGAGAUACGUUAUGCCUAUCUAUCCGUCAUCUAG